AUACCUAACCUAAAGGAGCUUACAGUAAUGGGAAAGAUGAUAUGUAAACCAUGUUCAAACAAAAUAUAUCCAGGAUAAAUUGGGAAAAGUUUCAGAGGAUAGACACUGCAAUUAAGGAGAACUAGGAAAAGUUUCUUGCAGAAGGUGGAACAUUAUUUUUAUUUUAGAUUUUUUAAUAACUUUUUAUUUUUAAAAUACAUGCAAAGAUAGUUUUUAACAUUCACUCUUGAAAAACAUUGUUUUCCAAAUUUUUCUCCCUCUCUCCUCCAUGUCUUCCUCCCCUAUACAGCAAAAAAUCCAAUAUUGGUUAAACAUGUACAAUUCUCUAAACAUAUUUCCACAUUUAUCAUGCUGCACAAGGAAAAUCAGCUCAAAAAGGGAAAUAAAUGAGAAAAAAAGCAAGCAAACAACAACAAAAAAGGUGAAAAUAUAAUGUCAUGUUCCAUAUUCAGUCCCCACAGUCCUUUUUCUGAUUGCAAAUGGCUCUCUCCAUCAUAAUUCUAGUGGAAUUGGCCUGAAUCUUCUCAUUGUUGAAAAGAGCCAAGUCCAUUACAGGUGAUUAAUCAUUUAAUCUUGUUAUUGCGGUUUACAAUGAUCUCCUGGUUCUGCUCAUCUCACUUAGCAUCAGUUCAUGAAAAUCUCUCCAGGCCUCUCUGAAAUCAGUCUAAUGAUCAUUUCUUAUAAAACAAUAAUAUUCCACUAUAUUCAUAUAUCAUAAUUUAUUCAGCCAUUUCUCAAUUGAUGGGCAUCUACACGGUUUCCAGUUCCUUUCUACUAUAAAAAAGGGCUGCUACAAACAGUUUUGCACAUGUGAGUCCUUUUCCCUUUUUUAUGAUCACUUUAGGAUACAGAUCUAGAAGAGACAUUGCUAGAUCAGAGGGUAUGCACAUUUUGAUAGCCCUUUGGGCAGUGUUCCAUAUUGCUCUCUAGAAGAAUUGGAUCAAUUCACAAUUCCAGGAACAAUGCAUUAGUGCCCCAGUUUUCUCACAUCCCCUCCAAAAUUUAUCAUCAUCUUUUCCUGUCAUUUUGGUCAAUCUGAAAGGCAUGUGGUGAUUUCUCAGAGUUGCCUUAAUUUGCAUUUCUCUGAUCAAUAACGAUUUAGAGCAUUUUUUCCAUAUGACUAGAAAUGGCUUUAAUUUAUUCAUCUAAAAAUUGUCUGUUCAUAUCAUUUGCCCAUUUAUCAAUUGGAGAAUGACUUAUAUUCUUAUAAACUUGAGUCAAUUCUCUCUAUAUAUUUUAGAAAUGAGGCCUUUAUCAGAGCUCUUGAUAAAAUUCCCUCUCCCCCCAGUUUUCUGUUUCCUUUCUAAUAUUGGGUGCAUUUUAAUUUAAUGUACUCAAAAUUAUCUAUUUUGCAUUUUAUAAUGUUCUCUGGUUCUUCUUUGGCUAUAAAUAGGCCUCUCUGAGGCUAUAAAUAACUUUUUUUCUCCACAGGUCUGAGAGGUAGACUAUCCCUUGUUCUUCUAAUUUGCUUAUAAUAUUAUCCUUUAUGUCUAAAUCAUGAACCCAUUUCGACCUUAUCUUGGUAUAGGGUAUUAGGUGUUGGUCAAUACCUGCUUUCUGCCAUACUAUUUUCCAAUUUUACCUAGCAAUUUUUGCCAAAUAAUGAAUUCUUAUCCUAGAAUCUGAAGUCUUUGAGUUUAUUAAACAUAUUACUAUAGUCAUUAAUUAUUGGGUCUUGUAAAUCUACCUAUUCCACUGAUCAACUACUCUUUUUCUUAGCCUGUACCAAAGCUGCUUUAUAAUAGUUUGUUUUUUUAAGUCUGGUACAGCUAAAAUAAGGUAGGAUUUUAGGGAAGACUUGAAGGAAGCUGGAAAAGAUAGGAGAUAAAGAGGAGGAGAGAGAACAUUACAGGCAUAGGGCAAAGCCAAUGUUGAGAGACAGAAUUCAGUGGCUAAAGUGCUGGACCUGGAGUAAGUCCUGAGUUCAAAUCCAGUCUCUGACACUUACUAGCUCUGUAAUUCUGGGCAAGUCAUUUAACCUCUAUUUGUCUUAGUCCACUGGAUAAGGAAAAAGCAAACCACCUUGUUAUCUUUGCCAAGAAAACACCAUGGAUAGUAUGGUUCACAGGGACAUAACUGAACUGCAACAACUUUUGUGCCAGGUCCUAAGCUCAGUCCAUUGAAAAUAUUGUAUUCAUCUUUAUAUGAUACUUUAAGGUUUAAAAAGUGUUUUUUUUUCAAAUGAACUUUAUUAUUAUCCCUAUUUUACAGAUGAGAACAUUGAUACUCAGAGUAGUGGUUACAUGUUCAAACUUACACAUAAUAAUCGAUAAAACUGCAACCAAAAAUUUAUGUCUUAGCAUGGUAUCUUCCAAUGCUUUUUCCCAUGCUCUUGCCUCCUGCCAAAGGAAUAUGGUCUUAGAGAAAAAUCAGUCAGCUGGCUUAUUUCUUUUUCACCCAUUUUCCCAACUUUGUGGCUAUUUCCCUACAGAGAACAUAACUUGUUCCUCCCAACUUCUAAGUGUGUCAUUCCAUCUCCUUUCCAGUAAUACAGAAUAAUACUAAAUUCGCACUUCUCCCCAUUGUCAAGCUACAUUCUUCUCUUUCUUUGCAUUCACAUUUUCUCAAAGAAGCUUUUCCUGAUAACUCCAUGGUUAGUUACUCAAAAGUUUUCAGGAUUUCUAUGUACCUCUUUGCUCAUAUACUAUGCAGUUCUAGAGAGGGUCUAACGUGGACCAUCAUAGCCUUGUGAACAUGACUCACUUCUUCCUCAUGAUACUAGAUACUAGAUAGAAAGACCACAUCUUCCCCAUUGGACCAAAAGUCUUUGCAAAAGUAAGUAUAUCAUCUCUCUAAUCAGAUUUAAAGUUUUCAAAGGAUGAGAAGUAUGAAUUCUCUUUUCCAGUAAUUUUUCCAAUGCCCAGUCCUGGGUUUUGUCCCUAGGCAGUUCUCUCCAUUGUUCUAAACUGACUGGCACUUUGUUUCUUAUUCAUUAGGCAAAAUUAUUUCUGUAAUGCAAGGUUCCAUCAUGCAGACUAGUAAUAGUUCUGGUCUAAUAAUGGGGUUCACACCUAAAACAUUUAUUUUGGCUGGCAUCCCUGGGAUGGAGGCUGAACACAUCUGGAUCUCCAUCCCUUUUUGCCUGAUGUAUGUCAUCAUAUUUCUUGGAAAUGGAACCAUCCUCCAUGUCAUCCAUAUGAAUCCCACCUUGCACCAGCCCAUGUACUUGUUCCUAGCCAUGCUGGCUCUUGCUGAGCUUGGUAUAUCUGCUUCUACACUUCCCACUGUAUUGGGAAUUUUCCUUUUUGAUGCAACUGAGAUCGACUUCAAUGUCUGCCUUCUCCAGAUGUUCUCUAUACAUUCCUUCUCCAUCAUGGAGUCGGGUAUCCUAUUGGCCAUGUCCAUGGACUGCUUUGUGGCCAUCUAUAGCCCACUGCGCUAUACAGUUAUAUUGACUUUGCCUCGAAUCUUUUCAAUGGGUGCUACAGUUGGACUCAAGAGUGUGGUACUCAUGGCCCCACUGACUGUCCUACUCCAACGCCUACCUUUCUGUGGACACAAUGUUCUCUCCCAUUCUUACUGCCUGCACCCCAACCUCGUCCACCUCCCAUGUGCUGAUACCUCCAUCAACAACAUCUAUGGACUUUUCAUUGUAAUUUCCACAUUUGGGCUGGACUUCCUACUUAUUGUGGUCUCAUACAUGCUCAUCCUUUACACAGUAUUGAGUAUUGCCUCUAGAGAGGGUCGGUGGAAAGCCCUCAAUACGUGUGGUUCACAUGUCUGUGCUGUACUUGUGUACUAUGUACCCAUGAUUGGUCUAUCCAUGGUGCAUCGCUUUGGGCGACAUCUCCCCACUUUGGUACAACCUACCAUGGCCAAUAUUUACCUCUUCUUCCCACCUGUGGUAAAUCCAAUUGUUUACAGCAUCAAGACCAAGGAAAUCCGUCGAGGUAUUGUUCGUGUAUUCACUAAAAAGAGGGUCAGGGGUUAGCAUGGGUAAGAGGAGAUGUAUCCCAGAAUGGGGAAUAAAUAAACUUGAGUGGAGCAGCACUAAAUGAGGGCUAGCCUACUACCACUUGAAGGAAAAAUCUAAGAAGCCAUGGAAACUAAGAAAUUGGAAGAACUAGUCAUCCCUGAGAGCAAUAAAAUAUUUUGAUUUCGGUGGAGGAGGAAUAACCUACAAAUUUGGCUCAUUUCUUUAAGAGAAGGACCAGUUAUAGCCAAGGUUGCUAUAUUUUUAGUUUCAUGAUCUGGCAUUAUGAGGAUGGGCCCCACUGGCUCAGCAGAGGAUGUCCAACAUAGACUAUCAGUGAGGCAGCCCAGCAUUUGGAUUUUAAGUUUUCCCAUUUGACUCAUAAUUCUAAAGUGUUUUAUGGACUUUAUAAAAGCAUGCAAGUUUGAGCACUGUGUAAUAUGCCUUCUUCUAGUAGUAUUGUUUGGAAUUUGUAUAUCAUUGAAGAAACCUGCUUGGACAUUGCUUUUGUGACAUAUCAGUUUGAAAGUUUAUAUUUUAAGAUAAAGUAAACCUAAUCUAAAAUUAGGGCUUUUGGUUGCUAGGUUUGUUUUUUAUCUUAAUUGAACAGACCAAAUGAUAACCCUAAAGUUGUAAUUGUAUUUGUCUGAAGUCAAAGAAUUCUUAAAUGUAAAUGUGGCAGAAUAAUAAAGAUAAUCUCAUAGAACUCAUUUAUUUUACAAUUAAGGAAACUGAGAUCUGGAGACCAAAGUGACUUUGCCAAGGACACACAAAUUAUUGGAAAAAUGGAGUUUAAUAGAGUUUUUAAUCCUUUAUUGAUGAUGAUGAUGAUGAUCCCUAACAUUAUAUAAUAUGUGCCAAGCACUGUGUCAAGUACUAUAUAAAUAUUAUCUCAUUUGAUCCUCCCAACAAAUUAGGAAGGUAGGUGCUAUUAUUAUUCCCAUUUUACAAAGAAAUAUACUGAGGCAAACAAAAGUUGUCAUUUUUCCAAAAUCACACACUUAGCAAAUAUCUGAGUCUAGAUUUGAAUUCAGGUCUUCUUGACUCCAUGGCCCAAGCUCUGUCCAUUUUGACACCUCACGCCCAGAGAUAAAAAGGAUAAAGAAGAAAGUGUAAAUCCUGAUUUUAAAAGUUGAACUAUAAAUAAAUAAAUAGAUAGAUAGAUAGAUAGAUAAAAUGUAUGGGGUGACAAUUUGGUGCUUUCCAGAGCAAGGCCUGAGUUUGGACUUCAGUAUCAUGGUAAAAUGUGAUAUGUGCCUUCACAACACAACUUUUCCAGUAGUAGAAUCUAGGUUCUUAUUAUUAUUUGUAUGAUUUUAAAGCAAGGUCUCUCUGAAUCACAGCUUCUUCACCUAUAAAGCUCAGAUAAAAAUACUUGCAACAGCUAACUCAAUGCUGUGGAGAGCAAAAUGUUCCAUAAUUGAACCAAAAGCACACAAGCUUCAUUCCCUCCCUCCUAUAAGUGAAUGCUUCAUUUUUGUCUCUGAAUCACCAAUGUCUAGAACAGUGCUUGGCACAUGAGAGACACUUUAUAAAUGAUUCCUGAAUUGAAAUGUCACCAUUACCAUUACAAAUACCAGCAGCAGCAGCAGCAGCAUCAUCAAAAAUAGCUACCAGGUAUCUAUUAAGGCCUCUUUUUCUUAUAUUUUUAAUUCCUACAAUCAACCAACUCUUAUGCACAUGGUUUCUAAUCUGUUCAGCUUCUUGUUCCCCUUCCUUUAGAUAAACUAGCUUAUCAGUCCUUCUGUCUAGGUCUUAACAUAACAAUUCAAAUGUGGCCUGACCAAGAUAGAGAAAAGGACUAUAAUUCCCCUCCUUCUUCAUAUACUUCUAUUAAUGAAACCCAAGUUCACUUUAACUUUUCUAUCUGAAAUGUAACAUUGGUAACUCAUCCUCAGCGUUGUUAAUUCAUUAAAAUACCCAGAUGAACUGUCUCACACCAUUCCAUCCUGAAUUUUCAUAGUAAUUUACUUAUUAUAGCUAUUUACAUUUAUUUCUAUUGUAUUUUACUUUUUUGUAUGUUUCAUUUCAGUUUUUAUUGAUCUUAAUGGAUACUGAACUGACUCUUGGCUAUUUAACCGAGCUUUCUGUCAUCCCUAGCAUUCUAUCAUUCCAAGCUGAUAUUAAUCCAUUAAUCACUGCCCUGGAUCUGGUUAUUAAACUUGCUCCAAAGCUAAAUUACUAUCAUCUAGACCAAAGCUUUUUAAACUGUGUUUUGCAGCUCUAUAUGGGGUUGCAUAACUGAAUUUGAGCAUCACAAAAUUAUAACUUAUUAUCAGCAAAUAUUUGAUUUGUAUGUCUAUUUCAUAUAUUUAUACACCCAGGGCCAUGUAAAAAUUAUUUGGGUAAAAAAGGAUUUGAAACUGGAAAAAAUUUAAGAAGCCUUUAUUUAAAAUGUAUUUUCCCACUUAUCAUGCUAUCAUGCAAGAUGUUGACAAAUUCCUUUCUAAAUUCUAAGUAUAUAAUAUGCCAGUUAUAUCCCCCAUCUCUACUUUUUGACUUCCUUUUAUGUGUUUUUCCGCCCAUUAGAAUAUUACUUGAGGUAGGAACUACUUUUCUUUUUCAAAUUUAGUGUUGUGCCAAACACAGGUGCUAUAUGUGUGACACAGGGUCAGUGCUUGAUCAAUGUUUACUGACUGCCAAUAGCAUUUCAAAUAAACUUACCAAAAAUAGAGAUAUGUUUUAUCUGGAAUAAUCUACUUCUGAUGGACUCAUUCUGGGUGUUAGUCAUAGCUUCGGUUCUUCAUUUUAAAAAAGCAAUCUUUCAAAGCACAUACUAGUAUUUUGCCAAGAACUGAAAUGAAACUCACUAGCUUAUAGACUGAAGAAUGAAAUAUCUUACCCUAUUUUUUUUUAAAGCUUAACUUCUACUCUUCUCAGAGUAGUAACAUUUCUCCUUCUCUUUAUUUUCAAAAAUCACCAGUCCUACAAAAACAUCUACCUAUUACAUUAGUACCUUAAUAAGUUAGUCCAUCCAAGCUUUGAAUUGAACUCUUGAGGAAGGAAGCAUUGAAUGCCUAUUAUGUCAGGUGCUGUGCUAAAUAACAAGUAUUAUCUCAUUUGACCCUUAUAACAAGCCUGUGAUGUAGGUGCCAUUAUCCUCUUUUUACAAUUAAGGGAAUCAAGAAAACAGGUGAAGUAAUGUAUCCAGGCUAACAUACCUACUAAGUAUCUAAGGCUGGAUUUGAACUCUAGGCUUCAUUAUUUCAGGUCCAGUAUUCAAUACAUCAUGCCCAUCUAGUUGCUUCCAAGUACAAUGAAUGAAUCUCUUGGACCCAACUUAAUCCCACAAGGCAAAAAAUAUGAGAUCACAGCCAUUAGAAGCUGAAAUAAUUUAUUAAAUCUUAGAUUACAUUCAUAAGAUCGGAGUGCCCACAAUAAGGAAGAAGUCCACUGCCAUGGGAGGACUGCUUCUGUGUACCACUGCAUACUCGGUGCCACAUUCUAAAAGGAACUCUGAUGAGUUCAAGAGCACCCAGCGGAGGCCAGAUUUUCAGCCCAGAUAUGCCUUGCUUUUCCACACUUGAUAAAUUUCAUGAGUUCUGCCUUGCCACUAGUGCUUCUCAUAAAGACAUUUCAUGAAUUCUUUCUUGUUAUUAGUCCCUCUCAUAAGGAUUCUCAUACACCUGAAACAAAAGCUGUAUAUAACACUUGGGACAAGUGGCUCAAAAUUCACCUUCAGAGAGUAGUUAUUAUGAUCCAAAAUCUCAAUCAGAUUCAAAACCUAUGAUUCUUCAAUUGCUUUCUUAUCUCAUUCAUGCCCUCCUCUUCUCUCUUCUCCUGAUAAUUUUAUGAUGAUGGUAGUGGUGGUGGAGGAAGAGAGCAAGAAUAACUUUGGAUCCAGUCCUAUCAGAAGUUCUUAGUUUCUCUUUUUCAUGACUAUGCUAUUCCUAUUGUUUGCUAUUUUUUCUUUAAUGUUCAUUUUCAUAACUUUCACUCAUCAUUUUCUACUCUGCUCAUUUGCCCUCCCUCCUCCUAGAGGAGCAGAAACAAAACCGGUGGCAAGGAAGACUGGGGCUGGAGUCAAGAAGAUCUGAAUUAAAAUACAGCUUCAGAUAUUUAUUAUUUGUAUGAUCCUGGGAAGUCAUUUGACUGUUUGCUUCAAUUUCCUAUGCUGUAAAAUGAAGAUGAUAAUAAAACUUGACUCAUAGGAUUGUUAUGAGUCUCAAAUGAGAUAUUUGGUGCCUGACUCAUUAUAGGGAAUAAUUUCCUUCCUCUUCCUAGACCACUUUUCCUCACUAAUUACUUUCUCCUAACUUCUGAAAAAUGUAACAUACUUGAUGUAUCUGGCCAAUCCUUAUAUUCCCUUAGUACUAGUCACCCAACAUAUGAUCUUGAGAAUAGCCAGAAUGCCAUAUAAAAAUCAAGACAAAUUUUGCUACCAGUUAUAAUGGCACAAAGUUAUAAUGAAAUUGGAGGACAAAAUAUGAUAUUAUAGAAUUGGAUAAAUUCAUUUGGAUAUAAUAACAAAAGAUUAAGAAUAUCAAAGAAAUUAAUGAAAAAAUGUGUGGGGUGUGUGUUUUCCUUUUGGUCUGUUUCUUGACUAAUGUAACAAUGACUAAUAUGAAAAUGUUUUACAAGAUUGCACAUCUAAUAUAAUCUUUAUCAAACUGCUUAUUAUUCUAGGGAGAAGGGAGGGAAGGAAAGAUAAAUUUGCAGUUGAAAUUUUCAUAAAAAUGAAUGCUAAGAAUUGUCUUUACGUAGAAUUGGAAAACAAAAAACUAAGAAAAUAGAUAAAAUAUAUUUAAGUAUCUUAACAACUUUAAAGUACUACACAAAGUAUCCCAAAAGUCUUAGUGCUAUUCAAAGCAAUUUAAACUUAAAACGUAGUUACUAAGUCUUUUGAAAUGGUUUAUAUAAGUGAAAGCUAUAAUAAUAAUUCUUAGGGUUUCACCACCAUUACUUAGCUCCUUCUCACUCUGCAAUGUCCCUCAGAGCUUGGGACUCUCUCCAACAUGACAGCCCCCUUCUCUCAUCGAGUUUCUUGGGUCUAUUUUGGGUAUAAUCACAGGUCAGCAAUCCAUCAAUUCCUUUUCCACCAUGUUAUAUGAAUAU